AUGGGUUGUGUAUGUACAAAAAAUAAGAAUGCAAUCGCCAGUCACCAAACUAAAAGUAUUGAAGAGGAAUCCUCAAGACAGAUCAGAGUCCCUACAACAAAUGUUGAAUACGCUGAAAUUCCUUUGGUGACUGCUCCAAAAGCAUAAAUAAAACGGCAUUCGGUUCGAGUGAAAUUAGCUUCGCUAAUUUUCUCUCCCUCAAGCAAUUCUAUUUAUGGGGUUAGGUUUUCUUCUGAGAACUUCUGUACAGCAACAGCAGUUUAAAUCUGGCAGAUAAGCUGAGGCACUGCUCGAAGUACAUCAAGAGGCUCGAAGUUUCACCUCUCAGCACACCCAAGGAAGGUAUACUAAUUGACCAAGAAUAGCCCACUAAGGAGCCAUUCUUGGUCUGCCAGAAAAAAUUUUGACAAAAGAUCCUAAUCUGCCAUUACCACUGAGUUUUGGUGUUUCCAAAUUUUUGGGCAAGCCAAAUGCAAUAAAAAAAAUUGUUCUUUUGCGAUGAUGCAUUUGGCUUGUCAAAAAAAUUUGGCAACAUCAAAACUCAGUGGUAAUGGCAGAAAAGAACCUAAUCUGCCAUUACCACUGAGUUUUGGUGUUUCCAAUUUUUUUUGACAAGCCAAAUGCAUCAUCGCAAAAGAACAAUUUUUUUUAUUGCAUUUGGCUUGCCCAAAAAUUUGGAAACACCAAAACUCAGUGGUAAUGGCAGAUUAGGAUCUUUUUGUCAAAUUUUUUUCUGGCAGACCAAGAAUGGCUCCAUAGUGGGCUAUUCUUGGUCAAUUAGUAUAACCCUUAGGCGGAACAUGCGCAGGAGCUGAGUCGAAGAAGGCAAGGCAACGCAGCCAUCGAAGCCGAAACGCUUUAUGGACCCGUGUCCCGGUGCAACAAAGUGGAUCGAUCCAGAGGUCCAUGUGCCCGGACGUGGACAAAUAUGGUGGCAGCUCUGGAAGCGGCUACCCCAUAGUGGACGUUAAAAGAUAUAAAUCUUAAUUUAAUGUAAUGACUGCUCCAAAAGCAGAUCUAAUCAUAAAUCAUCAAAACAUUCCAGAACCUAAUUUACUUUUCGUUGUUGAAGAACUAAAUGCCAACCUUGAGGAAUCCCCUGCAUAGACUUAAAUUACUUCUACAGAAGUCCGCUGUAGUCCUGCAGACACUAUUCGCCUCCGGAUAGCACUUCAUCGUUUGCUUGCCAUUCCGGGCACGACCUUCUACUAUGCUGCUCAUAACGGAUCAAGGUUUACACUCGAUACAGAGAGUCGGAGACACUGGGUCCAUGCAGCACACAAUGGGUUCGCCUUCCGGAAAAUUCAAAAAAACGAAUUUUCUGGUCUAGCUGUCUACCAAAAUGGAAACGAAGCCUAGGACAUAGCACCUGGUACAGCGCUGAAUUUUUCCGGUUUGCCAAGCGAUCAAUUCUGGCAUUGCUGGCUUUCCCUUUCCAACUCCAGUGAACAAUCUCCUCACAGGGAAAAUCUUAACCUGGAUGUGAGCAGGCGGCCGAUUAAACCCGAUAUCGUGCUCCACCAAAUUAACCUGAAAGAAUCCCCUGCACAUGGUAAUUUCCGUGGAAUACAAAAGCUGGCAUCAACUGAUUUCAAUUAUUCGAAGGAUUAUGCCCCGAAAACUGUGGAAACUGGAGACAGUGGCGACAGUCUUAAUGGAGUUAUGGAGGAAAUCAAACUUAUCAAUUAA